AUGGUGGAGAGGCGGAGGGACGCGUGGACUGGGGGCUCUGGUGGCUUGGCCGUUUCCAAGGAAAGACACAAGGGGACGUGGGAGGGGGGCGGAACCGCAGAGAGAGGCGUGAGGGGAAGGCACAGAGAUAGGGAUGGAGGGUGGGAACGGGAUGACGAGCGAGUGCGGGAGAGGAAGUCAGAGAGGGAGACGAGGGAGAAGGACAGGGAUGAGGAGAGGGAGAAGGAUGCGAGGAGAAGGUAUGAAUUGAAGGAGAGCGAGAGAGGUGAGCGGUGGGAUGUCAGCAGAUCUAGGGAGAGGGGCUGGUCGAAAGAGAGGCCCAAGGGCACGCAGCAGCAUGCGGAGGCAGCUUCGACGGAGGGCAGGGGGGAAGGGGAAGAGAGAGCAGACAUGAACAGGCAGGGCAGUGGGCGGGAUGAUGGGACGGCGAGGGAGGGCGAGCGUGUGUUGUCUGUAGAGGAGCGAGAUGAGGCGCCUGGGAGGGAUGGCGAUGGUGGCAGUGGCGUGGGGACUAACCGGGAAGCUGCAGAUGGGGCGCUGGAGGGAAGAGACAUGCCAGGGGGCAGGGGCGCAGAGAUGGAACAGUGUGGGGAGAGGGGGGAGGGGAGGGGAAACGAGAAAAUGGGGGUGAGAGAAAAAGGGGAGGAUGGGGAGAGGGAAAAGGAGAGCGAAAGGGAGAAGGGGGAGCGGGAAAGGGAGGGGGAGCGGGAGAGAGAGAGGGAGAGAGAGGGUGAGAAGGAGAGGGAGAGGGAGAGGGAGAGGGAGAGGGAGAGGGAGAAGGAACGGGAGUGGGAGAAGGAGAAGGAAAGGGAGAGGGAUAAGGAGAGUAGGAGGGAGAAGGAGUGGGAAAAGGAGGAGGAGAGGGAGACAGGGAGGGGGAGGGAGAGGGGGAGGGGGAGGGAGAAGGAGAGGGAACGGGAGAGGGAGUGGGAGGGAGAGGGAGAGGGAGAGGGAGAGGGAGAGGGAGAAGGAGCGGGAGUGGGAAAAGAAGAGGGAAUGGGAGAAGGAAAAGGAGAGGCAGCGGGAGAGGGAGAAGGAGAGGGACCGGGCGAGAGUAAAGGAGGGCGAGAGAGAGAGGGAGAAGGGCAGCAAUGA